CUGGAGCCUUGAUUCCCAAUCUUCGGUGACAUUCUCUAUCCUACGAAAUGUAAACAAUUCGUUCUUUUUGAACGAAGAGUUCUUCUGUCAUUACUCCUUAACUGUUCGUUGUCUUACCAGCGGUGAUCAAUCUGGAUGUUGACGACAUCAUGAUAUCAUGUGGGGAUGCACAGGAGUAUGUUCCAUAUGGGAGAGAUUAUAUUCAACACCAUCCAGGAGAGGUUCGGCUACAAUCUUCGCAUUCAUGUCCUGCACCUCCACAUAUAGAUCUUUUGCGACAGCUGAAUACUGUUUCUUUGAAUGAGUCAAAGGACUGGUGGGACGUCAGAAUCAGCAGAGAUGGCUUGACAGAGGAGGAAGUUUAUGUCUCUGGUACGACAAUGAUCUGGUCCCGAGGACAUGCAGGUCAGAUGGGAUGUCGUCAGGUUAUCAAAUGCAUCACUUGUGACUCUCCAAUCCAGCAAGUUGCAUUUACAACUUUCUACACUUACCCAGAUCAACCAACACUAUUAGGAGAAUCUGUUCCUGAGGAGCCAACUGGAGAUGCUUUACCUAGUAUUUGCAUUGUUGAAAGUGAUACCCUCAGCGUUUACACAGAAGAUGGAGAGGAUUUUUCGGUUUCUCUGCCUUUUCCUGUCAGAAAAGUUUGGCCAUGUAAGUAUGGAAUUGUUCUGGAACGCCAGGUGCCUGCCUCUGAAAUUGCUUCACCUAAAUCUGAGAGAGAGAGACUUCCAUUGCUCUUCAGUCUUCUGCAUCCUUUAGAUGAAAUCAAUCCUUUGUUGAGUAAAACUAGUUACAGUGGAUCUGGAGGGACUGCAUUUAUGAAUGAUUUGACUCAGCAGGUUGUCUUUAUUUCUGAAGAUCCAUCUCUUUGUAUCCUUUACAAUUCAAGCAACAAUACACAUACAUUUUGGAAAGUUCGUCGUGCUACUACGGAGGAAAAUAAUGUUGUGCUGCAAAGUAAUCUACAAUCUAGUCAUAACAGCACCUCAGCAUCAGCUCUCUUUUCAAAUAUGAUUUCUUCGGGGCAGUUUAACUCUCAUUCACCAUCGCAGUGUCAAUCACGACAAAGUUCUCCAGGUGGCCAAAUGACCUCAAUGUCAGUAACUCCAACGUCACUAAGAACAAGAUCAAAUGUGUAUACAAAUGUACUGACUACUCCAAAAACCCCCUUCUCACAGUCUCCUAAGAGUCAUAUGGCAACCUUGAGCCGUACACAGUCACCAUCAUUGUUUGGAGGCCAAAAUCUUCGUCUUCUCAGCUCACCUUCAUCACCAGGUCGUUCUCUCGGUCCCCUGUAUUCACCACGUUCAAUGUAUCCAUCACUAUGUAAUGAAUCUUUAAUAGAAAGUGAACCUCUUGUCCCAGAUAUCUGCCUAGAUCAUGUGUGGACUGAUCAUUCAUCUGCUCGUGCUACAAAAGCAUUCUUAACAGAAAGCAGCGUUGGCCAAAAAUACAUGUGCUUGAUGUUAACUCAAGCUGGGAUGUUGAGAUGCAUCAAGUAUGAAUACUCCAAUGAUCAUUGCAGUCUUAUAUUUGGGUCAAUAUCAUGCAUUCCAGCCAAAGAUGCAUUACCUAUCAAAGCUUUGAGAAUGAUGAUUGUGGUUGAUGGGAGUGGUAGCCUCUCCCUGUAUACUGGCGUGUCUCACGUAUGCCGUGUUAACUUGAGUGGUGUGCCACUUUUUAAUUCUUCUUUAUUUAAAGACUUUUCAUCACUCAACAUAUCAUCUCGCUUACAAAGCCCAUCUACUCCACCUUACAGUAGGCACAGUCUCCUCACGUCUAGCCGACCAGCAUCUGCUGUUGAUCCAAAGUUUGAUUUGGGAUUGUCUCCUGUAAUAACUGAAAAGUCUGCACUUGAGGGCUCCUUAUUGGAUGAUCCUGGCUUGCCUCUCUCCUCUGCCAUUGUAGCCUUGAGAGAUGAAACAAAUUAUAGAGUGACUUUAGAACAUGCCAGUGGAAUAUUGUACAGAAUAACUUUACCAGCAGUGACCUCAUCCCCCAUUGUUAAACAGGCAUUGGGGGCACUUCAGUAUAUCCUCCCUCGAGAGAGUGCACUCCUGCUGAUAAAUAAGUGGUAUGCAACAAGAAAUGCUCCAGGCUCAGGGGACUUUUCCCCACAAAGUGAGUGGACAUUGUUUUCAAUGAUGCUACUUUCAAUGAUGGGCUAUGACACUGAUAAGCUUGCUUUAACGUCAUGCCCAGUUGAAGCUUCUGGUUCCUGUAGCCCCUUAGUUGCUACAAAGAAAUUCCGUGCUGCUGAAAGUGGCUCAGACAGUGACUGGGAAUAUAUGUUAUCUUCAGCCUUUCAUAUGGCAGCUGGAAACACAUUAAGUGAGAUACUUGGAUUACAGCGAGUUGGGGUGUUACGGAAGCCUCAGGAUGAUUGUAAGGCAACAGCCAAUGUUAAAGCUCCUUUAUUUUCCCAUCUUCCAUCAAUUUUAUUUGCUCUACAUUUGGUGUAUGAGGAUUUUAAACUUAAUACUCUCCACUGGGAAUUUUGUAGUUUAUUGGUAACAUGUUUACAUCAGCUGGCUUCAGAUAUGCGGGCAGGUCAGUAUCUCCAUCACUACUGGAAAGAUUUUCCUACUAUAUGCCCAUUAAAUGGUGCUCCUACUCAAGUUCCUUUAGAAGAAAUACAGAAUUUAACUAUUCCUGCAUACUACACGGAGUGUCCUCCACAUGUACUUGGACAUUUGUAUACAAUUAUGGGAGGCAUUGAAGUUGAACCAUUUCCUUACAUUCCUGAAGUUUGCACUGCAACCAGAAAUCUGGUCUUGUUAUACUGCUUAGCAGCAGCAAACUGUUCUCUACAGGGCAUUCCUUUUGAACGUUUUUUACUGCGUCUCAAUCCUAGUGGCCAAAGACAGUUAAAUUCAACAGAAAUAAUAAUGGAUUUGCUGUGUAAGGAGGAGAGAGAGUCAAACAUUCAUGAAAAAAUUGUUCUCUUGACAGAUCAGCUUGGAUUAACUGUGCGUGACAUUCAGCUACUUUCACCUGGUGUCUCUCUUCUAUUGAUGAAUGCGCAACAUAUGUGUCGCAUGUAUCCUCCUCAGGACUGGCCAGCAUCAGCCUAUCACUUGAUUCAUAGACCUGAUCUUGUUGCUCAAAGAGAAGCAGCCACCAAAAAUACCAGUCAAAGUAAAGAUCCAUUUAAUAUUAAAGUGAGAUGUCAGAGAGAUCCUGAUUCAGUCCAGGAAGUCAAAAAAGUGUCCCAACAAUUGAAAGAUGAGGAAGAUGGAAUGGAAACACUAGACAUGGACAUGUUAAAGCUCAGGUGGCGAGAAGAUCAGCGAGUAGCAGAAGUGCGUCACAUGCUGUGCUCUUCUCGUGCAGUUACAAUAAAUAUUACACAACGUCCAGACGUGUCAGAUCAUGACUUCUUAGAAGAACAGGAGCGACAUCUUUAUGCCCUUUGUAUUAGGACAAUGUCAUUACCAGUUGGUCGAGGAAUGUUUACUCUCUUUUCUACAGCACCUGUCAUAACAGAAACCUUGCCUAUUCCCAAGCUUAAUCUCUCUGGCAAAGCUCCACCCCGAGGUACUGCCAUUGAUCUCUCAAGUAUUGAAGUACCCCCUAAUAUGGAUAUGUGGCCACAUUUCCAUAAUGGAGUAGCUGCUGGCCUUAAAAUUGCUCCAAACUGCGGUGAAAUUGAUUCAACAUGGAUUGUUUACAAUAAACUUAAAGGUUCACUAGAUAGCCCUACUGAACAUGCUGGCUUUUUAAUGGCCCUUGGACUGAAUGGGCAUCUCAGGAAUUUGGCUACAGUAAACAUUCAUGAUUAUCUUGAGCGAGGCCAUGAAAUGACCAGUGUGGGUUUGCUCCUUGGUAUAUCAGUUGCAAAGAGAGGCACUAUGGAUAUUCAGACUACGAAGUUACUCAGCGUCCAUUUAGAGUGUCUUCUGCCCCCAACAUCCACAGAGCUAGAUGUCCCACACACUGUGCAGGUUGGUGCUAUAAUUGGUGUAGGGCUUGUGUAUCAGGACACUGCACAUCGUCACAUUGCAGAAGUUCUUCUGCAAGAAAUUGGACGGCCACCAGGACCUGAAAUGGAAAAUUCAAAUGAUAGAGAAUCUUAUUCUUUGGCAGCAGGGUUAGCUCUUGGGUUAGUACUCUUUGGAAGGGGUGGAGAAGCUGCAGGCUUUACCGAUUUGAAUAUUGCAGGAGAAUUGUAUCAUUACAUUGAGGGUGGACAUAAAAGACCUCUUUUUGGAAGUAAAGAAAAGAAGUCACCAAGUUACCAAAUAAAGGCAAGAGAGUGUAUGAAUAUAGAUGUCACUGCACCAGGAGCCACAUUAGCGCUGGGAAUGAUAUAUUUUCGUAGUAACAACAGAGCUAUUGCUGAAUGGAUGGUUGCCCCAAGUACACCUUAUUUAUUGGAUCAGGUAAGGCCAGAUUUUCUCUUGUUACGCACCAUUGCCCUUGGCUUGAUAUUAUGGGAUGAUGUUGUACCAACUUCACGUUGGAUUGAGAGCCAUGUUCCUACUACGGUUCUGACUCAUGUGCAUCGAGGUGGAAAUCAGUCAGCACCAGGAAUCGACUAUGAAUCAAUGCAUCAGGCUUACUACAACAUUCUAGCUGGAGCAUGUAUGGUGAUUGGCUUAAAGUUUGCUGGGUCUGCAAACAGUGAAGCCUUUCAGAUUCUUUGGAAAUUCACACGAAUGUUUACAAAUUUUACAAAAAGGAGUGUUGCAGAGCUUGCUGGCAAGUCCACAAUUGAGACUUGUUUGAAUGUCAUUCUUUUAAGUCUCUCCAUGGUAAUGGCUGGAACAGGGGAUCUUGACGUCCUCCGUAUCAUCAGAUACUUGCGCUCAAAAAUUGGCCCUACAAAUUCCACUGUUGGGUAUGGAUCCCAUCUUGCCAUUCAUAUGUCUUUGGGAUUUCUGUUUUUAGGGGGAGGGAGGUUUUCUCUUGGUACAAGCAACAUGGCUAUUGCUGCAUUGCUAAUUGCUUGCUUCCCAAAAUUCCCGACACACUCAAAUGACAACCGUUAUCACUUGCAGGCUCUUCGCCAUUUGUAUGUGUUAGCUGCUGAGCCAAGGUUGUUAAUACCGGUUGAUGUUGACACAGGACGUCUUUGUCAAGUUCAUGUUACAUUGAAAUUUAAGGACACUGACCAGUAUAAAAACCAGAUGUAUGAAGCGAUGGCACCGCUGAUGCUGCCAGAACUUUCUAAACUGGCAGAAGUGAUUAUAGAGGGAAAUAACACCAGCAAUAGGUAUUGGACUGUCAGAUUUUUAGAAAAUGACAGUACUUGGCCUGUAUUGGAGACCCUUUUGCAUUCAGGGGAAGGGUUUGCUGUAAAGUUGAAAGAUGGACGAUACCCCUAUGGAGAUGCCCCCUCUGGUUUUCAGGUUCAGUUGGCGCAUCUUUUAACUCAGGAUAAAUCAGCUCGCUGGACAAUCAAGGGGUCAGUGUUAGAAGAAGUCAGUGGUUGUUCUGCAAGGUUAGUGAGAACGUUAGUUGGUGGCUCAUCAUGUCAGUCACCAUUGACCUUUGAGGCCUCUGCUUUAGGACUGAGUAGCAGCGGUUCACAGAUGCCAUUCAACGUAGGCAGUAGCACUGCAAAGGAUAACUCUCUCCAAAAGUUAGAAGAUGAAGAUGAGGCCUUUACUCAGGCCCUUGUGACCAUUGUGUUUGAGUACUUAUCUGUAGGCAAGCCUCAAGCUAUUACUACUUGGUUAGCAGCUCUUCAGGGUGUCCGGAGAGUGAAAGGACUGAGCCAGAAGACAGGAUUGUUAUUGUGGCAAGUCAAGCUUAUAGCUCGGGCAGCUCAUUUCCUUUAUUGUUUGACCUCAAUGUCAAUAGCAGGAAAGGAUGCUAUGGUAGAGGAUGACAGAACUCCAGUGCAACUAAGCCCUCUUGUUUCACCUGAGCAAGCACUCUCUCUGAGCAAGCGAUUGCAACUGAUUACAGAUUCAUGGUUUAAAGAGGUAAAUGAGGAAAUUCUGCGGUACUGGAAGGGCGAUUUCCGAAAACCUUUCUCAGCCAAGUGUGCAUUUACUUUGCUCAUGCAAGACCUGCCGAUAAACAAUACUGCUCUGAAAGAUAUUCAAGACUGCUCUAACCCACUGGCAUUGCUGUCUACAUUGCGGAAAGCUAAAGUACCUUCUACAGCAAUAUCUGGACUGGUGAGGACACUCUUUUGUUCAUAGCUAUUUUAUAUUUAAAGUAAAUUCUUUUAUAUGAAAAUAUGAAAUUUUUAUACAAUAAAUAAUGAAAAUUA